AAACAAUUCCGGAAGUUGCAGAUGAUGUAGGACUGAAAAAUUCUAACGAAUUGCAGGGUGCCAAGUAUUAAAAAAUUACGAAGCUGUAUCACAGCAUGAAUCAAGAAGUAGGAUCUGAUAUGAAGCGCACUCAUGGACAUGCAGUACUGCUGCGGAAAAGUUCCUCAAGUAAAAUGGCUCUAAAGGAAAAAAUUGUCCAGAUAUAUGAAGCUUUCUUCCAGGGGGAAGAUCCUUCUGUGGGAAACCCAAACUUCUGGGAUGAGCUCUUCUUACUCAAGCCAAAUAUUCCGUACAUAGAGGGUGAAUUUGAUAAAGUCAGCGGUGAAGGCCUAAUGAUGUUAAAGGAUAAUCUAAACACCCUGUUUUACAAAGCAGUGGAGUCCGUAAAGGAAGAUAAUACGAUUAAAGUAGUCAAUGCAAUAAACACAAUGUCAGCAUUGGUUCGGGGAAUAUUCAGGAAGAACUUUGGAGAUUUUGGUUUUGAUAUUAUAAAUAUUUUGAUUGGAUUUGACGCUGCAGAAACGGUCAUGCAGGAAUUAGUGGAAAAUUUGAAUCAAAUUCUGAAUGGAGAGCACCCAACAGCAUUAAAACAGCAUGUCCUGAAGUUCAUCAUGGUUUUAGCCACAGCUUCUGACAACAUCAGUCAGAACACCCUCCUGGAGUAUCUGAUGAUCAACAGCUUGUUUGAAUCCAUUGUCCAGAUUCUAGGGAAUGUCAAUCUGCGGCUGAUGUUGGGCACUGAUGCUGUCCAAGUCCUUACUCUGUUGGUGCAAUACAGGAAAUAUGAGUCAGCGAAUCCAUAUAUUGUUAAAUUGUCCAUAUUAGAUGACGAGUUAGCUUUAACUGGAUAUGCCCAGGUUGUUCUAGGAGCUUUAUCAGAUUUUAACAGAGAAUAUCUCUGCCGGUCCACAGAGGCUCAAGCAGGUUGGUUCUCGACCCUUGCCAACAUGGUUGGCAAUAUGUUUGUACCUGACGAAAAGCAAGUUUCUGCAGUGAGGGCAAAUGAUUUAGUGCUACUAGCACUGUAUGAAGCCAUCCAUUUAAACAGAAAUUUCAUCACAGCUUUAACUCAUACUCACACACCAUCAACACCAACCACACCCCCAUCCUCACCUACAGUUCCUGUGUCCAACCCCCUGAAUGACCCCGCCCCGGCACUACAGAAGUUAAACCAAGCCCUGUUAGAACAGUCUAGUCACCCCACAAAUCUGCUGGUUACAUUUCUGGAGUACAGUUCCAUAGUUAUGCAGGAUACAAAAGACGAAACAAGACACAGUAAUGCCAAACUUUGUUUAGUCAUAUUAACAUGCAUCGCAGAGGACCAAUAUGCCAACUCCCUGAUGCAUGACGUGAAUAUCAAUUUCCGGGUCACACUACACAGAAUGCCUAUGAGACAUCGGAAAGUGAAAGUAGAAAAAGAUACACCAUCUCGUCCACUUGUUUGUGCAUUGUUAGAUUUAGUGGUUGAAUUUACAAUGAGUCAUAUGAUGAAAUCUUUUCCCUUGGAAUUAUACAAUCGAUGUUUGGGGAUUACACAGAGGGUGCUGUGUUAUCAGAAGAAGUGUCGAGUUCGCCUUCAGUAUCCGUGGAAGGAGCUGUGGACCGCCCUGAUUAACCUUCUGAAGUAUCUGCUGUCCAAUGAGUCCAAUCUCCUGAAAAAGCAUAAUAACAUUUUCCAUUUGUCCUCAAAGAUUGUAAACAUAUUCAACCUCUUCAUCACUUAUGGUGACACCUUCCUGCCAAAUCCUAACAGCUACGAUGAGUUGUAUUAUGAGAUCAUCAGGAUGCAUCAAGUCUUUGACAACCUUUACUCCAUGGCAUUGAGAUACACGACAAAUGAUGGUGAAAGCAAAGAAUCAGCAGCACGAUUAACCAAUCACCUCGUCAAUAUCAAGUUAGUUCUUCAUCAUGUCCAGUCAUUAACCAAUCACCUCGUCAAUAUCAAGGCCAUCAUAAAUCACUUUUCCCCUAAAGUGGAUUCCUGGGCAGCUGCCAACCAGCUCUCCUCUCUCACUGAAGAACAGGUUCUGGAUGUGGUGAGAGCAAACUAUGACAGUCUCACUCUGAAGUUACAGGACAGUCUGGAUCAGUAUGAAAGAUAUUCGGAGAAACCCAGGGAAAAUGCUUUCUUCACCAAUCUGGUACGCUCAGUGGUGAUGGACGUGAGGAAAAGUGUCAGUAACUUGAGCCAGUCUCACCACCAGGUUCUUCAGAGUGUGGCAGAAAUGUGAUGGUGGUCCUACAGGGUGUUGCAGAAAUGUGAUGGUGGUCCUACAGUGUAUCAGAAAUGUGAUGGUGGUCCUACAGAGUGUAGCAGAAAUGUGACAAGUUGGGAAUAAUUGUUUUAAGUGUGAGACAUUAACAUGAAUAUAGAAACAAGUCUGUGGGGAUAAGUACAAGAGUGGUAUAAAUAGCGGGAUUUUUUUCCAUAUGUUUGGUUAAUAGGUUACCAUUAGAACUCAUGUGAGAUCACAGGAAGUGUCGUGUUAUUGACAAUUUUUAAUGUUUUGGGUUUAUUUUCACAUUACGUGUACAUAUUUAAUUUAUUAUUUGUCUGUAUAAAUAUGAUAGCAUGCUGGGAGGUACAUGUAGUAUUUGCUCAAAAUAUUGUUAAUUUCUGUUAGUAUAAAAAAAAAAUGUAGAAGGUGCAUACUGUACAUGUAUUAAAUUAUUUUUCCACAGUUGAAGGCAAGUUGAGAUUGUAAUAAACCUUGUGAUUUUACUUUACUACAAACUUGUAUUAUUAAAAGCCAUUGAAGUAAUAUUUUGAGAUGCAUACUGAAUUGUAAAUUUAUGAUUAAUAAGCAAGCGAUGCAUGACCAUGAAAUCCAAAAAAACUGAAGACCGUCAUAUUCGUAGAUGUACAAUGCACGGUACAGUUGUGCAUAUGGGGGAUGUAUGUACAUAAAUAUUACAAAUUGGGAGAUGUAUAUAUUAUACAGAUGCAGUGUGUAUGUAAAACUGAAAUGUAUAGAAGAAUGUAUAUCGCAUGUUACUAUUGGGCUUUCAUGCACUGGGUCGUUUUUUUGUUUGUUCAUGUGUAGAUGGAUACCAGGGAUACAAGUCUGGGAAAGUCCUCCAUUAAAAACUGUUUUCUAAGAAGAAAUGAUGUCGUGAAGUAUGUAAAGCUGUUGAAUAUAUCAAAGCAAGCAUCAAGUGCUAACUCUCCAGUAAACUCUCUAUUUCUAAACUGAAGGAAUAUUUUGUUUGUAUGUCAUACAAUAUUGUUUACGUCCCAUUAGAAAUAUUUCACUCUGCAGAUCGAGAUGUCAUCCGAGCUGUAGGUUUAGACCUUUGCAUGGCACUCGUAGCUGUGAGGGUUCUUUAUCAUGUCAACACCAUGUGACAUAAUGACUUCAUUUUUAAGGUCAUAUCUCUGAAAGACCAGUUAUUUCUAAUCAUGCAGGACUUUCACUUCAAAAUAUACCGGGUAGUUGGUGAAGGAACAGUCAUUACCGAUGUUAAACGUCUCGAGUUUGACAUGGCGCUGGGAUUAAACCCGGGCUUUCUGGUUGUGAAGGGAACAUGGUAGCGACAAUAUUGUAGCUGUCUCCGAAUUUAAAAAAAAUUGUGGGGGGGGGGGGGGGGGGGAAUUCAUCAGAAUAAAAAUAAAAUUGGAGAGGGCUACAUUAUUGGAGCUAGGAACAUGGUAACCUCUUGGCUACCGCAACGUCUACAAUGUGUGUGGUAGGGGGGAUACAAAAACUAUGUAAGCAUGAGGUAAUUUCAUAUUGUAGGAUCAGCCAAUCUGAUUAUGCAGAAAUUAUCCCCGUCCAUUGUUUCUAUAUCCCCAGUAAUACAAAACAAUAUAUAUUGUGUGUGCCAUUGAAAGGUCAUUGCUUUUAUCAAGAAAUAUACAUGUACAUUGAAACAGCAGUUAUUAUUGCUCAUCAAACAUUAGUAAAGGUAAAUAUUGCUGUAUGCAGGUGAGUUAUUAUCACUCAUCAAACAUUAGUAAUGGUAAAUAUUGCUGUAUGCAGGCAAGUUAUUAUCACUCAUCAAACAUUAGUAAUGGUAAAUAUUGCUGUAUGCAGGUGAGUUAUUACUCGUCAAACAUUAGUAAAGGUAAAUAUUACUGUAUGCAGGUGUUUCAUACAAUAGCAAUAGAUUGAAAGUCGUUUCUCAAAUUUAGCCUUUUUUUAUGCACGGCAGAAAAUAAGAAUUACAUGUGUAUGUACAUAAUAUGACCUAAAAGUGGUUCAUGUAUCUGACCUAGGGUGUCAAAAGCUCUUUUUACUAUAGAUCACUGAAAUUUUUACUUUCUUUCCACGGCCCUUGUUAUGUGGGAUUUAUCAAAAAAGAAACCUCAGAGAGGACCAUAUUUAAGAAGGACUGUAUUUGUCGAUCACAGGCAAUUCAUAUAUGUGUGCUUUUGUUUCAACAUGAAGAGCAUUUCGUGACAGAAUUUUAUUGCUACUCAGUAAAAAAGUUGAAUGAUAAGGUCAUAAACAUGUCGUUUUGCAGCCAUAUUCAGUAUUUGAAGUAAAAUUGCUGUUUUUCACGCUGACAGUUUUCCUUUUAGAAAACAUUGAGUACAGGCUAGGAAAAUGUCCAGUCUGAUUAAAACCAGCCCCCCUUCUCCUAUCGUCGACGAUAGGACAAGAGGGGCUGGUUUUAAUCAGACUGGGAAAAUGUCUUAUUACAAAAUGUAUCUUUUCAGUGCAUUAUAGGUGAUGAUAAAAAAUUUUGUCUUUCCAUAGCUGCACAUGUGCUCUGUUUCCUGAAAGAAAAUAAACAUUUUAGUAGGAGUAAAAAUGAGGGAUUGUUUGAAUGCCCCGUGUUUUAUGUGAAAUUGUAUUGGUCAGACAUGAAAUGAAAGAUAAUAUUUAGUCUUUAAAAUAAUGAUUUUGUUUAGUUUUAAUGGAGCCCAGAAAGACUGUUACCAUACAUAUUCCUUUAUUUCUUGCAAAAAACCGGUUUGGUUACAGAAAGUGUGCCUUGUGGAACGUAUUAGUUCAGUACAUUCAGAUUUGAUGUUUUAAAAUUUGUGUAUUGGAACUUUUAAAAUUGAGGUAAUAAAUGUGUUCACUUGCAUUAUGUACACUGAUGCUGGGAAGAAAGGAAGACCAUUGUUACAUGUGUACAUCCUUGUGUUGUACAGGAGAGGAAAGCGUUCUUAGACUGCAUGUUCAAGUGCCGUGGAAUACAUGUACUUUGUAUAAGAUAUGUGAUAGAUAUUAAAUCCUUAUAUAGAUG